CAUCCACACUCAAUAAAUCAAGCAAACUCUGAACCCUAUCUCUAUCCUAACACUAUAACUCAGAACGUCUUUACCAAGCAGGAGAUAGGACUCACAAAUUUUAGACGGGAUAACUUCGCAGUCUCUAUAGCCAUCAUCGCAUAUAAGCUGGUGUUAAAAAGAAGCCGACCGAUAGGAAAGUCUAUCACAAGAUUAGAUAGUAUAAAGGCGAGAGUAAUAAAGCUUUCCGAGAGCAAUAUUACUAUUCUUUUCCUGACUAACUCACUUUCUAUUUAUCAGAAGAUAGCAACCUAUUUUGACCAUAUCUUAGACUUCUGGUCUUCUCUGGUUAGAUCGGAUCAGUAUCUGAUGAAGAAAAUCAAUCAGAAUACUGUCUAUACCCUAUAA